AUGGCAACGAGAGCGGCAGAUAUCAGGCUGCAUAAGGUAAAACAAGGUGGAUGGACGGUUGUAGAGCGGCAUCAAACGAGGCCUUCCUGUUUCGCCGGGGUGCGAGGAAAGAAGGAGUCGAUAUGGCGCGAAGAUCGUGCAGAAAGGGAAGUUAUAUACGGUACGCUUCGCUGUAUCUUGGACCAACCAUGGGACGAUGAUGACAGCAGGUCUGGCGGGUGGCAGGCCAAUAAAUCAUGGCUUACAGUGUGGGAACCUCUGCCUAUAUGUUGCUCUCUGCGUGUAUGGGGUAUGCCAUCAGUAAAACCUUUACUCCCCCCGAGGAUAUAUGCGGACGUCGAUGAUCUAUACCUGCAACAUUGUGGCCCACGCCUUGCAUAUAGAGCUAAUGUGAUUUUGCAAGCCGAUCAAAAUGAAAUCAGAUCGCGAGCUAAGAUUGAUUGCUCCCGAAUUCCCAAUAAUUUAUAUAUUGGAUCUGAUCGUUUGACAUUAUUGUUCUUUACGUACUUCCUUCGUUGCACUUUUAAGCAAGUGAAUGAAGUUUAUCACAUGAUUUAAGUUGCAAAUGAUUAUACUUUUUUUUUUAUCGAGGAACAAGUUUCCUGUAACUGUUGUGAAUUUGUAAAUCUAUAAAAGAAAUUUGUUAUCAAACUUUACUCUUUCUUUUAUAGUAGAAAACUUCAUUAUCGAAGAGGAUUAUCUUUUAUAAUAAAAAUAUCAUUACUGAUAUAUGAACAUGCUCGGUGAGUAUAAUAAAGCGAAAUAUUAUCAUUUCACAGAAUUAUUUUUCAACAUGAACCUGCCGAUUCUUUUGCAUGAAAACCACUCUGACCAGUUAUUUCGGUCUUUUCUUAUGGAAACUAUUCAAAAUGAAAUAAUGUCUAUACGAUUGCAAAACUUGUCGUAUAUAUCUUGUAAUUUCAUCCACGCAUAAGAAUGAUAUUUUUUCCUUUAUUAACGAUAUACAGUUACAAAAAAACAUAUUCAUGAUUUAUUACUAAAUGUUAUUUCACUAUUUAACUGUAUUCUGCUAUUGUAUUUUAUUUGUUAAUUUUCUUUGACAUAUUUCACAAAGGCAACUAUAUAUAAUCCGUAUCCUUUUAUACAAUAAAAGAAUCAUAAAUUACUGCCUGUCGAUAUUUAUGCUCAUUGUUUUAUAUACCAAACAAUUUUUAUUAUCACUGAAAUGAUAUAUCAUAUUCUUAUUUCUCAUCAUUCAUAUUGUUCAUUCGUACCAAAUCCAAGUACUUUGAAAUGAUUUGUUUCAAUUUGAUGAUUUUUAAAUAACUAAUUAGAAAUUUAAUUUGAUAUUAGAUUAAAAUAUAUAUAUAUAUAUAUAUAUAUAUAUAUAUAUAUAUAUAUAUAUGCAAACAUAUUUUUAUUUUUAUAUAUUAUAUUAUAUUUAUGCAUAUUUAUUAUCAUAAAUGACAUAUUACAUUAUACGUCAUCAUUAUAUAUACUAUACAUUAUAUAUAUUAUUUAUUUUUCUCUCUUUUAUAUAUAAUAUUAUAUAUUAACAAAUAAAAAAUUUUAGUAUAUAAAAUUACUAGUUGCGAUUGAUACACCAAAGAUAAAUAUAUUUGACAUAGAAAUUAUAAAUUCCAAAGAUUUUGGGAUUAAGUUAUUUUUUUUAAAUUAAAUUAUUUUUUUUUUUAUGCACUAAUCAAUUUGUAUUAAAAUAUAUGUUAAAUUUAAUUUUAUAAAACUUUGCGUGCAAAGGAUAAGCAAAGCGAUAGAAAUUUGCAUCUUCUAUUUGCUUUUUGCUACAUUAAUUAAUAUUAAUAUUCAUAAAUUGAGAUUACAUUAUCAUUAACUGAUAUAUGAAGAGUUCAAAAACUAAUGAAAAAUGAUUUGUUGAAUUUUCGGUCAGUGAAACAUAGUUUAGUUAUAAUAUUGUGAUGAUUAUAUUUUAAUAAUUGUAAUAUAAUGAAGAUUUUGACAAUGAAAGAAUAUUUGCAUAGCGUAAAUUGUUUUUAACACUACUUCCUUACUUGAAAUAAAUUUAUUUUAUUCUCUUGAAAUACGAAAACACUUUCAUCCAUUUCAUUUUACCAAAAUUUAUUUAAAUAUCUAAAAUACACUUAUAUCUAUAAAAUAUAAAUAAUAAAAUUUACAUCUAUAAGAUAUCUACAAACAAAAAUUAUAAAUUA